AGGGAGCUGACUGUGCGCGUGAGCCGCGCUCGGGGAGCGUGCGCCUGCGCAGUGCGCCUCCACAGCAUCCCUCCCUCAGGCCAGCCAGCGGGCCGAGGCGGGGCGGAGCCAGCGAGGGAGCCCUUCAUUGUGCGUGCGGGGGCGCUGCUGCCGUCCGUGAGCCGAGCGAGGCCGCCGGAGCUGCCUCCCGCGCGUCGCCCCUGCUGGUCGGGCCGAGCGCCGCCGCCGCCGCCGCCCCUCGGGCUGCUCCUUCGCCCUCUUCUCCGCGCCAGCCGCCCGUCGCCGCCUCUUCCUCUUCCUCCUCCGCCGCCGCCCGCAGCCGCCGCCGCCGCUUCAGCAGCAUGUCGGGCCGGUCGGUGCGGGCCGAGACCCGCAGCCGCGCCAAGGAUGAUAUCAAGCGGGUGAUGGCGGCCAUCGAGAAAGUGCGCAAAUGGGAGAAGAAAUGGGUGACUGUUGGUGAUACGUCCCUCAGGAUUUACAAAUGGGUGCCAGUAACAGAGCCCAAAGUAGAUGAUAAAGCCAAGAAUAAGAAAAAGGGCAAAGAUGAAAAGUGUGGUUCUGAGGUCACUACUCCAGAAAACAGCUCCUCUCCUGGGAUGAUGGAUAUGCAUGAUGACAAUAGCAACCAGAGUUCGAUCGCUGAUGCCUCGCCAAUCAAGCAGGAGAACAGCAGCAACCCGAGUCCCACGCCAGAGCAGAACUCGACGGGGCCGGCAGAUGGCCCCGAAACCAAGUCGGAUGAUAACCAAACCGAUGCAAAAGAGGAACCUGGCUCAGAAGAUGCUUCUGAUGAACAGAAUUCACAAUCUUCAAUGGAAAAUUCCAUGAAUAGUUCAGAGAAAGUGGACACUCAACCUUUGGCAGAAAAUGACGUAACCACAGAGACAUCUAAAAACUCUCAGGACUCUGAAGGAGUGCCACCUUCUAAAAAGAUGAAAGUAGAAGCUCCCUCUCAACAAAACAUUGAUGAAAUAUAGACUCUAGAUUUUUUUUUCCCCUGGCCAGUUUUUAUGUAAGGUACAUCAGUGGGCUAAAUUAUAGAACAUCCAGUAAGUAUCUUCUCUUGGAUAAGGACAGAACUCCUAUAAACUUUACAAGUUACCAAGCAAAAAUCCAAGAAAACCAAGCAAAGGCUUAAUCUCUUCAGACACUGAAAACUUCUUUUCCUGUGAAAAUGGAAACGUUGAGAAUUUAAGUUACUGUCUCUGAAAUGGUUGGAGUAAACAACUCAGGAGGGGUCUACGCACUGUUUCUAAUGUCAAAAUUACAAUUAUGUUGCUGCUGUAUUUUUUUUUCCAUUCUCUAUUUAACAUUAUAAGAUAUUUAAGGAUGGUACAGGUCAGGUAUUAUCUUUUCACGUGAAGUUCAUUGUUCCGAUGUGAUGUCUGCUUUUUUUUUGUUUUUGUGCCUUGUGUUCCAAAAAAAAAAGCAAACAAAACCAGUGCUAAUUUUUUUAAAAGCCUGUUUUUGCAGCUGUCUCCUUUGCAAGGUGGCCUAUGUUUGUACAAUGCCAUAUAGGAAGCUUUUAGUUCUUGGUGUUUUUUUCUGUUUUAUACCCUGGUGCUUACUGUUCUAACAGAGAUACUGAGAGAAAUUAGGAAGCCAUUUUCACGGUUGGAAUUCAGAGAGGAACCAUACAUGAUAGUUCAUUUGACUGCAGCUACAGGGGAGGCUUAUUUUUUUAUUUUAUUUUAUUUUAAUUUUUUUGAACAUACAGCAUGUAAGGCACAGCGAACCUAUCCUGGGCAGUCCCAGCAGAAAUUUGUGUGGUGGGCUACACAGAAAUGCAGCUUGUGGAGAAGAAUUUCCCAGUGGUGUGCAUCCUUCUGCUUUUGAUUUCCCAUUGGGUGUGCAUCCUUCCGCUGUAUAAUCUCAUCUUUUUUACAACCUAAUUUAUCCAAAUCGAGUGCAUUUUGCCAUUGAUGUAAAUUAGUUCUGAUUCGAAAAAGUAUUGAAGCAAAUUAUGAAUUUUAAGUACUAGAUCUAUAUAUCCAUAUCGGAGCCUUUUAAACAAAAGAGGAUAAAUUAUAAAUGCAGACUUAAAUUGAUAUAUGCAUGACAGCAGACGUAGUUUUACAUUGAUAUAUUCUGAAAUCAUUUUUAAACUAAACUGGAUUUCCUUGUAUUAUUUAACAAGAAGUUGACAAAAUACAUAUUCCAGGCUGUGCUGUACCUAAAGUUUAUUUUUGUUUCAGGAAGGAUUUUUGAAUAUAGUCGUUACUUCCAUAGCUCUUCCUUCAGAUCUCUCUUGUUUUUCUGGAAUGCUCCGUUGUAAUUCCUGAAUGCAAUGGAGACUGCAUGCAAAUUUCAUCUGUUUGAAUAGCUGUUGAAAGUAGAGAGCAGCUCCAAAUAAUUGGGUGUUUUGAUGCCGAUAUACUAGUAAGCUCGAUUAGUUUGCAACUUGAACUAAGUGUGAAAUCAAUGCAACUUUAGCGCCUUCCGUUUGUUUGUUGUGACUGGUGCCUAAUGUGUAUUUCACAACUAGGAAGGUCCUGAGCAUUUGCAGUUCUUUCGGAUAGGUGGGUGAGUGAAAAUACUGGCGUCAAUGAGAGAUGCUCAUAAGAGUUGAGGCUGGCAGACGGAAGGGGUCUGGUAACUAUAACCUGCAGCUAUAAAAGCAGUUACAUCUAGUUCGUGAUGCAAGUCCUAUGACUUUGUCUAUGACUGUGUAGCAUCUAGUCCAGACACUCUGCUAAUUUCCAUUGGCUAAGCUUAUUUCUGAUUUCUCCAAAGGUGAAAAUGGCUUGAGCUUGGACUACUAUAUUGCAUUUGCAAUUAAUUAUGGAGAACAAAGUUGGAAGUGUGGGGGGUGCCAGUUCCCACCUUCCAUCAAAUGUUUGUGGCAGUGUUAAACUGCAAAGAAACUGGCCGUAGACGUGAGUUUGGGAAUAUCUUUUUUACAUUGAAAUAAACAUUUUGCAUCUCAUCAAAA